AUGUUGGCUUUGACAUCUCCGAUCAACAAUCUACAUUCUUCCUACUCCUCGGCAGUCGCCCCCGGAAUACAAUUCGCCCUUGAUCUGACCGACGGCAACGUGGGCAUGUCUGAGCACGAGGAUUUCCUUUUGUCCAAUCCAGGGAAUACCGCAUCGUCGAGGCCACCAGCCGACAGCCCCUCAUCGUUCUCUUUUCAUAACAGGUUCACACCAUGGUCAUCGUCCGCGUACGACCCUUUUGCGGGAGAUACUGGCGGGCGCAUCUCUCCCGGUCGAACUGAAAGACUGCGGCAGAGGCUGCCCCCUGAGAUACACGGACCGAUUCGUGCCACUGUACCUACGGCCGUUGGCGAUCAGUUCCGGCCUCUGUCUCUGGGAUCGCAAAGUUCUGCUUUCACCUCUGACCCAGGCUCAUAUCAGCCGCCCGUCUUGCCACCAAGGUCCAAUCCUGACGAGAUUGCUCUCCGACGACAGAGUCAGGAUAGCUACAGUUUCCAGACAGGAUCGCCGACCAGUCAAGGUUACGCCGAGUUCGACCUGGAGACACACAAUCGCCGCGGUGCCGAGAUGGGAAGGGCGGCCAGAUAUCAUACCCGCAGACGACCCUUCAAUCAGGACGAGUUUGAUGGACCGUCACAGCUUCUGCCACUUCCUGUACCGCAGCAAGAACACGCACGCUCUCAAGCUCUUCCUACGCUUCCUGUACACUUGAACAUCGAGGAACAGGACGAAAUCACGCUACGCGUCGACGACAUCCUGUCUCGGUGUGCUUUCCAUUUUGUGGCAAAGUACCAGUUUCCUAUCCCCCUCGAACGUGACAAGCCUCGAGUCCGGACACCUGCCGACAGAGAGUGGACAGAAUGGGCUUAUUUGCUCAAGAGGCUUGCUACCAAGAGAAGGAUCCCAGCCCGUGUGCUCUACGAUAAUCAAAUCAAACAGUUUGUCACGACAUUGGAAAAUUCUAUUGCAGUCAGGCAGAACAACAGAGACCAGCAGUCCAGGACGCCCAAGGAUGACCGGUAUAUGCUACAGCUUGUUAGUGCAGGCACACAAGUUGCAAGAAUCUUGAUGGACUCAUUAUCUAUGGAACAGCUCGAUGCUCUAUAUAGGCAGACGGAGAACGUGAUCCUCGAAAGGAGAGCCAGACUUCGGGAACUCGGUUUCCAAUAGAAGCCUUGUUGAACUUUACCAAUCAUUUUGAUACUGGCAGUUCAAUUUGAAGCGAGCUGGACCAGAAAGCGCAGCCUCCUGUGGAAAGCAUGCGGAU